UGCCAGUCGAUACAAUGGCGUUGUCGGUGCGAACAACGGUGACAAAUGUUUAACCGAAGAAUUGCCGUCACGCAUCACUUCGAUCGUUGAGUCCGAGAGUCACGGGACAAGCGUACUCUAACAAUUCGUGAACCUAUCGCGAUAGUGAAUCCGUGCGAUAGUCACAACAUAAACGCGCGCGCAAAACUUCAAUCCGCGAAACCCUCGAGGGAGAAGCGAAAUUUUCGGUCGACAGUGGUGGUUAGAACGACGGACGCACGCACGUCAGCUUCUUUCUUUGGUGCGCGCGCCCGCGUUGAUGCGGUGGUGUUAGUGAGAGAGUGCGCUCGCAGUGUGUUUUGGUCUCGUGCGUUCCGUGCAGCAGCAGCAGCAGCACACGCUCCGUGCGCGCUGCACAGUGAUUUCUAAAACGCCCUUAUCGAUUUUUAUCGGAGGGGCACUCGCGCCGCGUCGAGACGUGCUCUGAGAACACAUUCCAGUCGCGAUUUCCCGUGUGUGCAGACUCUGACACGCGAACGGACGGACGGUCAUCGUCAUCGGCGAAUCAAUACGCCACCGCGUGCGGGCUGAGCGCGAGGAUCGUCAUUGAGUUUUGAGUGGUUGAGUGUAGCAUGUGUGCCGCGGCAAAAUGCGCGAGGAGCUAACCGAGUUGUCGGGCGAUCGUCGUUCGUCGUGUUCAUCAUCAUCGCGCACUCAAAGUUGUUGCGAGGUUGCAUCUCUGGCGGCGGCAGCAGCAGCCACGAAAAAUGCAAGAACUAGUCGCGCGUUUCUUCAGCGGGCGGGCACAAUGAUGCGCGUUUGAUAACAGUUGGUUUGUUUUUCGGGCCAACCGUCCGUCAGCGGUUUUCAACUCGCGAGAGCGCGUGUUUCGCCGCUUUUUGUUUGCCUUGCUCGCGUUUGCACCGCAUCGGUGCUGAAAACAAAACGACAAAAUGGUGUCGAGAUAUGUGAACGCCCCCGUCAAGCCGGAGAUUUGUUUAUUACCUCCGCCACACUAUCGGAUGUUACCACCGCAGCGGGCUGAAUUUCAUGGUGGGUCUUACGUCCAACAGCAACAACAGCCGCCUAAUCAGAUCACCAAUCAAGGACCGCCGCUGAGAGGCAUGGCGCCUACCGGUCCGCCGACGCAGGCCUCGACGCCGCCGAACGCCGAUCUCAAGGUCCAGCAGCACGUGCCGCAGCAGCAGACGAUGAAUCUGUAUCCGCAGCGCGGUCAGAACUACUUCCAGCGUCCGCCACAGUCCAAUCAGCCGCAACGGCUUAUUAAUCAGAGACCUAAUCAGCCGGCUUUAUAUGCGAGUCAUCCGUCGAUACAGGUGCCUCAGUAUCAGGUGCUGAAUAUGCCGAUGCCAUCUUACCCCGCCCCGUACGGAGGACAUGGACCUACGACGUUUGUCCAACCAUACUUGCAGAACUAUCGUGCACCGGCGAUGUUCACACAGCAGUACGCUCCGCCGCCGUAUUAUUAUAAUCAGACGAUGCAGCGUCAGCCGCAGGCGUCGGUGCAGCCAGUCGCGCAGGGCAUGCCGCACACCCCACAACCGCCACAGGCGAUGGCGACUACCGCGAUGACUGCGCCUAUGCAAAAGAAGCAACCGAAAAAGCGCAGCAAUGCUAUCCCAAUUGUUGAUCCCGCGACUAUGAUGCCCAUCGACAACGAGGAACUGCAAAAUCCGACGUCGGGAGAGUCUUCAGCGCGUCAGACGCCCCAGCCUGCUCCGCACAAUUCCGUCAAGGAGGUGCAGGCCACGUUUGCCAAGCAGGUGGCGCAGGCGAUCAAUAAAGACUCGGCGGCGGCUGAAGAGGAAGUCGUGCAUGACCCGCACCACGGGAUGGACCCCGCCGUUCUCGCUCAGCGGGCACAGAUUCCGCCACCGCAACAGCAACCCGCCCCAUUCCACCAGAUUCCACAAAAUGUACAUAAUAGAAACGAUAUAGCUAAAUCUAGUAAAUUACAGGUGCCAACAAAUGAUUUUGUUCCGGCCAAUAACCUAUCAAAUACUGCCAAAGAGACUCCCGUCGUGUCGGCAAUCUCGAACUCGGCCGAGGUAACGAUACCGGGUAAGCCGAAGGACCGCGAGAGUCCGGCGAAGGGGCGUAAGCAGCGCGACACUCCCGCGCCCAGUCAGAAGGAGAGUGCACCGCACAAGGAUACACCCAAAGAGCCAUCCCAGCCCUCCAUUAAGGAGGUUUCCGCGCCUCCUUCGGAUGUUAAACCGAAGGAGGACAAGCCCAAGGAGCAGUCGCCGGUGGCGCUGGCGCCUGCCGAGCCACCCUCCUCCGCGAAGGCUGUCUCUGCCAAGGAGCAGCCGCCCGUGCAGCAGCAGCAGCAGCAUCAGCCAGCUGUGCGCGAUGACAAAAAGCAUCAGCAGCCGCAGCAGACUAAAAAAGAAUGCAGCGUCGCGCCUGUCGAGAUUGCCGGCGCACAGCAGCCGGCUGUUAAUCAGGAUAAUAGCGGGAAAUCUAAGCAAGCACAACGUGGCAAAGACCAACCCAAGCAAGCUGGCGGCCAACAGGCCGUGGGCCAGAAUAACAAACCACCAGCGCCGAUGCCGGUUGCCAACCAACAACCUCAACAGGCUAAGUCUAACAAGGCCAACAAGAUGAAGGAACUCAACAUGAAGGGUGCUAGUAAGGAAGGCACUGACAUGGAUGCGUUCAGCAUUAAUGCCGAAACCACGCAUAAUGCAAACGAUGCACCGGCGCAACCGGCUCAGACAGAGCCGCAGCAGCAGCAGCAGCAACAACCACCACAACCUGAAGUGGUGACGCCCGUUAUCAACGAGACGCCAGUGGUGCCGGCGAAGAAGAUUGAAACCAGCGAGGCGCUGCCGAUUGUGAAGCCAGAGUCGAAGCCGUCGUUUGAUGUAACUGCCAUUGUACGCGAGCUACCCAAGCCGUUCACGCCGCCGCCGGUGGUGGAAAAUUGUGACGAAACCGAUAAGGCGGCAUUAUCCAACGACAAGCUCGUGCAGGCAAAGAACGAGGUUAACGCCAAGACUGCCAUUAGUAACGAUCAAUCGGAAAUUAAACCGCUGCAAUAUGAGGAUGAUCAAUGGUCGCCGAAUAAUCCAGAGGGAAAGAAGUCGUACGGCCGCGAUUUCUUGUUGGCUCUACGCACUUACCCGAAGAGUAAAACGAAACCUGAUAAUAUUCUCAACGAAGUUGCGGCUGGUGAUGAUAGAUCUAGAAUGGGAGGUGACAUGGGCAGGGGUUCGGCCAUGGGACGUACCGAUUUUGCUCCUAGCUUUGGCAAUGCUAAUUUCUUAGGCAAAUCGCAAUCCACUAGAAUUCCUCCAAAACGCAAUAGUCAACAAGGCAAACCUAGCGGCAACUCCAAGGGUGGCAAGUCCGGCAGCAUGAUUCGCGUCUCCAUUUCGUUCAAAGAGGACGUCAAAUUACACGAAUCUGAGAACGCCUGGAAACCCGCCCGCCAGAACCCGAACGUUGUCAAGACUGAUGACGACCGUAAGACUGACGAUUUAUAUAAGAAGGUACGUGGUGUCCUAAACAAAUUGACGCCGCAAAAGUUCAGCACGCUGCUGAAUCAAAUCAAAACGCUGCCGAUCGACACGACUGAGAGGCUGCAAGGCGUUAUAGAUUUAGUGUUUGAGAAGGCCGUUAACGAGCCCAACUUCUCGGUUGCGUAUGCGCUCAUGUGCAGAGAGCUGGCUCUCAUGCAAGUGCCGGUAUCCGCCGAGAGCAAGGAGUUCGUUAACUUCCGUAAACUGCUCGUCACGCGCUGUCAAAUGGAGUUCGAAAAGAACUCUAGCGAAGAGAGCAAUCGCAACGUGCGCCUGGUUGAAAUUUCGGCGUGCCCUGAUCCUGAGAAGAAGAAGGAGAUGAUGAUGGCUCUUGAGGAGAACGACCGCAGGAUACGAAUGAAGUCGGUCGGAAACAUCCGGUUUAUAGGUGAACUAUUCAAGCAACAAAUGCUCACACAGAACAUUAUGGUUAGAUGUCUGUACAACUUGAUUGAAAACGAGGAUGAAGAACGACUUGAGUGCUUGUGUAAACUGCUGUCGACCAUCGGCAAAGACCUAGAGGCGAAAAGCGUUGACCUAUCGAAAAUCUUUGACCAGAUGCGUGGCAUGGUAGACCGCAAGAACGGCAAAGUAAGCAGUCGAGUACGCUUCAUGCUGCAGGAUGUGAUUGAUCUUCGAUCCGGAGGCUGGGUGCCACGUCGUACCGACCUUAACCCGAAGACAAUUGAACAGAUUCAGAAAGAGGCAGAUAACGAGCACAUGAAUAUUGCUGCGAUGAACUCAGGUCCUAUGACUCCGCGAAAAGAAGAUCGCAAUUCCAGCAACUCGGGCAAACGUCGUGGUGGCCAGAGCGAGGAUGGCUGGCUGUCGGCGCCUUCAUCGCGUGGCAGUAAAAACACCACAUUCACGGUGCAGUCAGAUAAGUUGAAGAUCCAGCAGCCGAAUGUGGACGAGCCGCUUGGCUCACGUAACUCAUUCAGCAACUGGAGUCGCGGCUCCAAUAUCAAGACUGCUGCGCCGCAGUCAAAUAGCAACAAGUUUGCACUUCUGGAUGCCGCCAAUGAUAAUAUGGAUAACCGAGGCGGUUACCGCAGCAGUCAUAAGGAUGCGUAUAGUUCUAAGGGCAACAGCAUGGAGCGUGGUUAUAGUAAAUUUGAGGGACGCAACUCGCGGUCUGGAUCACAGCAUCGUGCGCCUGAGCGUGAGAGGGGUGAGCAGCGCGAACGUGAAAGCUCACAGCGAAACACGCCGACACCUACACAGCAACCGCCACAAAAAGUGCCAGCACCACAGGUGUACGAAGACCUCACGCCCGAGAAGCUUGAGCGGCGGAUCAAGAACAUUGUAGAUGAGUACAUCAGCGAUUGUGCCAACCUCGAAGACACCGACACCGAAGUUCGGCUAUCCAUUAACCCAACUCUUCACGCACAAUUUGUAAGCAUAAUCAUUACUGGUAUUUUGGAGCGAUCGCAGACAGCCCGAGAAAAGGUGGGAGUGUUGUGCAGUCAUCUCCUGAAGUGUCAAACCAUAUCUCUAGAAAGCUAUUGCGCCGGUUUGAAGGAAAUCUUUUCAAGCGCCGAAGACCUUAUUGUAGAUAUUCCACAAAUCUGGAUGUACUAUGCCCAAGUAACAAUAAAUCCUAUUAUAACACAAGUGCUACCUCUAACAAGCCUCCACAAGUGCGCUGAAUGCCUGCAGGGUCACGCGCAUCGACUACUCGCGGCGAUCUUUACGUUAGCUAUUAAGGAGCAAGGACCUGCUCAGCUGGCAAGCAUAUGGAAUUCGUCCGGAUUAACGUUAAACGAUUGGAUGGAUCCAUCGAUGGUCAAUGAAUUUAUUACUAAGAAUGGCUUUGAGUUUCUGACCGGAGGUGGCGGUAAUCCCUCGGCGAGUCAAAGCAAUUUAUCUUAUAAGGAAAUUAAUGAUAAAUUAAAUCAAUUCGUUAAAUCGAAGGCUUCGACCGAUGAAGUAUACAAAUGGAUAACUGCGAACGUUGGUGAGAAGGAAAAAGAAAACGAAUUCAUCCGUGCGCUGGCCACUGCGUACAUCAAGAACUCGAUAGUCAACGAUAAGUUACAUGAACCCACUUUCCGUGGUUACUACAGCGUCUUGCAUAGGUAUAUCGACAGUAAUUCACAGUUCGAGUUGCAAUGCUUGUAUGCGAUUCAAGCGAUAGUUAACCAAUUAAAUCAUCCUUCAGGGCUGUUACUCAAAAUCUUCAAUACGUUAUACGAAGAUAGUGUUAUUUCGCAUGAUAGUUUCCUUUCAUGGGAGAAAAGUGAUGAUCCUCUUGCACAAGAAAACAAAGGUGUUGCUGUAAAACAGUUAACCAGCUUCUUCACGCAACUGAAAGAGACUGAGUCGGAGAACGAGUCCGGCUCGUCAUCGGAGGACUAGCAUCAGAUCGUCUUCGGCCCGCUUGAAUGGGCGGCCGAAUGUUAACGAACACUGCGCUCGGCGCACUCCUAGUUACUGAAUUGAUCGUCGACACUCUACAAAACUAUAAAAACGCAGCGAGCAAGCCACCAAAAAGCACCACCAGGCCGCCACCCAACGGGGCGCCCAAAAGCACAUUGAGCAGCAGCAGUAAUGCGUGCUCGACGGCGACAACGCGAAAAAACGAACACAAUCGUGAAACGCGCAUGACGUUCUAUAGUGAUGACUUUGCUCUACCCCCAUACCCCACAUUCUCUCUCCCUCACGAAGCAACACCACAAAAAAACUUAAAAACUUCUUUAAAGACAGUGACUUUGUGCUAGUUAAAAUUUAUACAAUUGUUUAUAUAUACAAAUAUUUAACAAAAACAAAAAACAAAAAUGGUAAAAAUUAUUUAAUUAUAUAUAUUAUAUUAUAUACUUUAUAUAAAUGAAGAAUUGUGAGGCGCGAGCAUAGCCGCCCCCAAGCGUGGAAAUGGAACCACAGGGAUUCGUAGGCGGCAGCUACCGCGUCGACUUACACCGGACUGCGACACUUCCUAGAUAUUAUGAAAUUCAAACGGCAUUCUAAACUAUAAGGUGCGCGUCAAGUUUAAAACUGUAAAAAUGCCCGGGAACUACUGUUAAUCUAAACGCGAUCGAACACCUAAAUAUUAGUGCCCUGUGACUGACCUCUUCAUAUAGCAACUUGGAACAUGGAGCGCAAAAAAUUAUAAAUAAUUAUAUAACAAAUAUAUAUAUAUAUAUAUGAAAUAUAUAUUUAAACUAAAGGGAUAACACAAGCGAAAGACCUACAUAACGAAAUUGAUUCAACUGUUUUACGACUAUGUAGCUAGGCCUAAUGAAUGAUGGAGCUGUGUGCCUGCGCGGGCCUCUGUAAUUUUGCAGUUGUACUAAAAAAAAAUCGAUAAAAAAGUUUUUUUUAUGAGAUGUGCACUGCCUGCCGGCGCUACUAUGUUUUAAUAUAUGUUUAUAUUAAUUAAUAUGAUGGUAAUGUUUCUUUUUAAAUUCAAGAUUUAAUUGCGAAGCGCUGACAUUUGAAAAUCCAUUAUUUAUUGGGCCGUAUUAGGUUGUGCGAGAUGCGGGAACUUAUUGAUUAAGUCGUUUUUGUUGAAACUUUGAAUACGAAUGUUUUGUAGAUGUGUCGCGGGCGCGCGUCAGGCGCCCAGCGUGUCUCUACCGAUGAAUCAUUGUAACUCUUCUAUUAUUUUGUUAUUUUUAUUUGUUAUAGAAGCGUUUAUUAUGAUUUAGCCUCUACCACCUACAACUACCUGUAUUUGUUAAGUUAUUGUAAGUUAUAUAUUGUGGAUGAUUUUUGCGAGACUGCGUCGGCCGCAAGCAAGCAAGAGAAUGAAAAAAAAACGAUUGUUGAAAACAGUGUGGGGACGAAUCAAUGCGACACUACCACCUAUCACACGAUCACAGAAAGAACCCUCGUCUCAACAGGUCCUCGCGAUUGUUGCCUAUUUCAGCGUAAGAAAUCUUUCGCGAACGCCCUCACACACUCGAUUACUUUCUACAUUAUCUAAGUAAUGUUUAUAUUUUUAUAUACAACUUUUUAUGUUCAUGUAUGUAAGUGAUUUUUCUAAUGUUUAGUCCGACGAAACCAUACAUUUGUCCCGUGCGCGGAGCGACUGUGCUAGUCAGUUUUGUUUGUAACCUACUCAUAGAAUUUCAAAUGCGUCGCAAUUGCCUUUAAUUGGUGCGGACGCAGGUCGAGGCACGCGGAAAAUGCAGCGCCCUGUCGAUAGCGAGAUGCCGAAACGAAUUCUACACGUUUGGUAGGACGCAGAAUAUUGUAUAUAUGAUUUUCGUUUUGUUGUCUGUUCAAUUUUGUGUUAGCGAUACGCGCGCGUCGAAGACGGUCACAAGAUGCAACCGAAAACUUAUAUACAGUAUUUUUCUGACUGAUGAUGUGUAUAAUUGUACAUAGAAAAGCUACUAAAUAAUGAAUAUGAACUUCCAGGUUGUUGGCAUUGUAAAAAGACGAGGUGACAACCUACCAUAAGUACCAUUGCUCAGAGAAAUAACUAAACAUUUGCGCAAGCAGACGAGUUUUACUCCGCGCUACAAAUGAUUAUUGUAAUUACAAGUUGCGAGCGACGAGGUACUCGCGCAGAAUGCGCGCCGAUUGAGAUAUGUUAUUCACUAUUACUUGUACAUAGUUAAACAAAAUGGGAAUUUGUUCUCGUCAACGUGCAGACGCUGAUCUGAUGUUUAUUUGCGUACGGAUGUUGUUGAUAAUUAGCCGAAUAUGUUGACAUGCAACUGGCCGCAAACUCACUGAACGAAAAUGAGAAACCGAACGCACGCACCAAACUGCGGCGCGUUUGAAGGAACAAUUUAAACACAGAAAUUAGCCCGAAACUAAUGUUUAAACAAAUCGAUGCUUGAAUGAAGACACGAUGAAUAUCAAACUGUUGUAAACAGAUAGGAUUUUGUAUGACGGAAUUAAAUCAUAAAUGAAUGGAUCUUGAGAGACUUUAACGAAAAUACGAAAUUUGUAACAAGGAAAGAUGAAGGUAGUCACAAAAUGAUUCUGAUGAUCAAUGAUGUGACAUCUUUUUUUCUUUAAUUAUUCUUUGAUUGGUUCGGAACGGUGAAGUGACGUUUGAAAUGUCGGGAGUUCGGAGACGGAUUCAGAUGAAAGCGAAAUCGCGUAAAUUAGUGAAGACGAACUGUGAACGAGAGUGGAAACGUUUUAAGUAAACUUAUCAAGAAAG